AUGGAAAUGGACGGAAUGCGGCGUCCGCCGAGUCCUCUGGACAUGAAACCGGACACGGCAACCCUGGUGCUCAGCUCGGCAUCCUCAUCGACAUCCCUCCCGAUGCAGAGCCAACUCGAUUCCGCAUCUCCGGGCUUUUUUGCUCAAACCGGCAGCCUGAAUUCCCCGUCUCCGUCGUACCCGCCGAACCAUCCGUUGUCGGGUUCGAAGCAUUUGUGCGCCAUUUGCGGCGACCGGGCGAGUGGGAAGCAUUACGGUGUGUACAGUUGCGAGGGUUGCAAGGGCUUCUUUAAACGGACUGUGCGGAAGGAUUUGUCGUAUGCGUGUCGUGAGGAGCGGAGUUGCAUCAUUGAUAAGCGCCAGAGGAACCGGUGUCAGUACUGCCGGUACCAGAAGUGUCUGAAUAUGGGCAUGAAACGGGAAGCCGUGCAGGAGGAGCGACAGAGAACCCGUGAACGGGGUGGCGAGAAUGAGGUUGAAAGCACGAGUGGGAACAGCUCAUUUGACAUGCCGUUGGACCGAAUUUUGGAAGCGGAACGACGUGGCGAAAUGCGAGAGACUUAUUCGACGGACUCGGAUGAUCAUGUUUCGAACCUUUGCCAAGCAGCAGAUAAGCAGCUUGUGCAUCUCGUUGAAUGGGCCAAAGUUAUUCCGCACUUCGUGGAGCUUCCGUUGGAUGACCAAGUUUGCUUACUUCGUUGGAACGAGUUGUUGAUUGCUUCGUUUUCUCAUCGAUCGAUCGAUGUUCGAGAUGGGAUCGUUCUGGCGCCUGGACUGUUGAUUCAGCGACCGUCUGCGCACAAUGUUGGCUUGAGUGGAAUUUUUGACCGCGUUUUGUUGGAGUUGGUUGCCAAGAUGCGGGAGUUGAAGAUGGAUAAGACGGAGAUCGGAUGUUUGAGAUCCGUCAUCUUAUUCAAUUCUGAGGCGAAAGGGCUGAGAUCGAUGCAAAAGGUUGAAGCAUUGAGAGAGCAAGUCUUCAUGGCGUUGGAAGAGCAUUGCAGAUUGAAUUAUCCGAACGAACCUGGCAGAUUUGCCAAACUGCUGCUGCGACUGCCGUCCCUGAGGUCCAUUGGACUCAAGUGCCUGGAGCAUUUGUUUUUCUUCAAGCUCAUCGGAGACACUCCUAUAGACACUAUUCUUCUCGAAAUGCUGGAGGCGCCGUCCAAUGAUUGCUAA